ACCCGACCACCCUGAUGACCUCAAAGUCCACGUCACAGAAAACAUUAAGGCCACUGAACACACACAGAUUCUCCAGGCCCAUCUCAACAUUUUGGGGGGGUCGAGGCCUUUCGGCAUCAUACCAAAAAGGAUAGGCCUUUCAACUUUGAACCAGCUUAUGCCUAUCAUCAACUUUCUCUGGGGAAACUGUUGGCUUGAUCUACCCGUGCCUGACAAAUGGUAGGCAUACAGCAAAUAUUAAUUGCCUUGAAAGAUCUGAUUGAGGUUAAUACUGCCUAAGGAGAAACACAAUCAGCUAAUAUUCUGAAGUCCUGGGAAGCUGGUCUGUUUAAAUGUUCAUGACCCAUGAGAAGGGCAUAUAAGAAACCAUGGCACUCCCUUUUCAAAAAGAGCUGGAGAAAUACAAGAACAUCGAUGAAGAUGAGCUUCUUGGCAAACUCUCAGAAGAGGAACUGAAACAGUUGGAAAAUGUUCUUGAUGACCUAGAUCCCAAGAGCGCCCUGCUACCGGCUGGAUUGCGACAGAAAGACCAGACACAGAAAGCAGCCACUGGCCCAUUUGAUCGUGAGCACCUCCUUAUGUACCUGGAGAAGGAGGCUUUGGAACAGAAAGACAGGGAAGACUUUGUGCCCUUUACUGGAGAAAAGAAAGGGAGAGUCUUCAUCCCCAAAGAAAAGCCCGUAGAAACUCGUAAAGAAGAAAAAGUGACCCUUGACCCAGAACUAGAAGAAGCUUUGGCCAGCGCCUCUGACACCGAACUCUAUGAUCUUGCAGCUGUUCUUGGAGUGCACAAUUUACUCAACAAUCCAAAGUUUGAUGAAGAAACGGCCAGCACUAAAGGUGGCAAAGUGCCUGUGAGAAAUGUGGUCAAAGGUGAGAAGGUCAAGCCAGUAUUUGAGGAACCACCCAAUCCCACCAAUGUGGAACUGAGUCUGCAGCAGAUGAAAGCCAAUGACCCCGGCCUGCAAGAUGUCAACCUCAACAACAUUAAGAACAUUCCAAUUCCAACCCUGAAGGAAUUUGCAAAGGCUCUGGAAACCAACACUCACGUAAAGAAGUUCAGCCUGGCUGCAACCCGCAGCAAUGACCCUGUGGCAAUUGCUUUUGCAGAUAUGCUGAAAGUAAACAAGACCUUGAAAAGCCUAAACAUUGAAUCCAAUUUUAUCACUGGGACUGGAAUCCUGGCCCUGGUAGAAGCACUAAGAGAAAAUGACACCUUGACAGAGAUCAAGAUCGACAACCAGAGGCAGCAGUUGGGAACAGCUGUGGAGAUGGAAAUUGCCCAGAUGCUCGAGGAGAAUUCAAGGAUCCUCAAGUUUGGAUAUCAGUUUACCAAGCAAGGGCCUCGAACAAGGGUGGCAGCCGCAAUCACCAAGAAUAAUGACCUGGUUCGUAAAAAGCGAGUUGAAGGAGACCGAAGGUAAACUUCCACGAGAGGAGGCAAAGGUUCAUCAUGGCUGCCAAUUAAAAAUAAGCAAGCAAAAACUAUUCUCCUUCCCCAUCAGGACCAUUUUAUCAAAGGUUGUUCAUUUCCGUUAACCACACAGCUCAUAGUCUGUUGUUCUUUUUUAGCACUACUUAUUUAUCUUGGAUUUUUUAAUGUAUCCAAUUGUGUCAUAUGCUCAUGGGCCCCUCUGGCAACUUGCACCAGUGGACUUAAGCAGAUCUUAGUGCGUAACAGCAAUGGAAAAUGAUUUAACCACUUUCA